AUGGCCACGUUAUACGCUAUAGAUCAGCGUCCACUGCGGUCGCCCUCGGUCUCGAUGCUGCCGCUCCAUAAAUGCAUAGCGCUCGAUAAUGGACCACAGGGCAAACAGGUGCUGUUGCCAGCACCUGAACUUAACUUGGCUCAACUUGCAGAUUGGGAAUCAGAUUUGAAACGCCAAUUGGAUAGAUGGGCUUUUGCUACGGGCGGGUCACGCGGCACGGCCGGAACGCCGGAACCGGAAGAAUCUCAAACUUCGUACCAUGCGACGUCGUCGUCUUUGUCAUCAUCAUCAUCGACGGCGUCGCUCUCGUCGCUUUCCACGGGAAAGACGCUAGGGUCCCUGCCCGUGGCUCAGCCUCAGAUCAUUCUCGACGGCCGCUUGAGCGAUCUAAGCGCACGUGACGUUGCUGCGGUCGCAGCAGCAGCCACAAUCACACCGCACGGGAACCGUGUAAAACCAUCCAUCGAGCGCAGACGUAAAUACGUUUGCAAAACGUGUGACAAGGGCUUCACGACCAGUGGGCAUCUGGCACGGCACAAGCGUAUCCACACGGGCGAAAAGAACCACGUGUGUCCGCACGCCGGAUGCGGACAAAGAUUCAGCCGGCAUGACAAUUGUGUACAGCAUUACAAGACGCAUUUGCGAGCAUAG